GCUGCGGGCGGGGGAGCGGGACGAUAUCGUGCGAGAGCUGAACGGCAUGAAUCUCGAGUUGGAUGAGUACCAGCGUGCAGCUCUGCGGGCGUGUAGCGUGGGGGAGGAGUCGUAUAGCGGAGGGGAGGAGAGCGUAGAAGAAGUAUCGCGAAUGUUGUCGCUCGUGUGGCAGCCCUCGCACGCGCUGGCACACUACUGCGCCGAGUUGAUCGCUAAUAUACCGAAAGAAGGUGCGGGUGCGCAGGCUUCGCUUGCGUGGAGGCGCACAUUCGCGCUGAUGUCGCAGAGAAUGUUCGAGAACGAGUACGCGGGCCCCGACUACCUCGUGCUUCACAAGUACAAGGAUCGUUUGUUUGCACUUUGGGAUUGUGACAGCACGAGUGCGUGGCAGGCCGCGGAGGCCACGUUGCGGGCGGUGGUGGUCGCCGCACGCGCGGCGUCGCGGACGGCCGGCCCGCUCCGUCUGCGGCACGUGAGCCCCGCCCUGGCCGCCCGCCCCGCGCCCCGCGCGCUCGCCGCACUGCUGCGGCUGCCCGGACACCUCACGCUACUGCACCUCGACGAUCAGGUGACGGUGUUCGAGGACAGCGUGCGACGGCCGUGCGUGGUGCGAGCGCGACUCAGCGACGGCUCGGUGCGCCGCUUCCUGCUGAAGUCUGGCGAGAGUCUGUCGGGCGACGCGCUCGCACAGCGGUUCGUGCGAGCGCUCACUCGCGCGGCCCACUCGCCCGCCUUGCGCUCCUACCACGUACGCGAGCUGAGCGGAGACUGCGGUCUUGUGGAGUACCUCGAGCGACACGAGCGACUCGCUGAACUGGUGGCCGCGCCACCGCCCGGCGACGCCGCCAGUCGACCGCUCCAAACUCACCAGCAGUCUCGGGAUAGUAACAGCGAUGGAGAAGAAGCGAUGCAGGGUGCGGGCGGCAGCAAGCUGGACAGACAGGCAGACAGACUCUUGCAGAAGGCGACGCGGACCUACCACGACAUGUGCUCGCGGGUGUCCGCACACGCGCUGUGGGACGCCUUGGAAGCGCGCAGCUUGACGGCGAGCGAGUUCGCGAAUAAACGACGAACAUUCGCGCUUUCGCUCGCACCCGCCGCGCUUGUCGUCUGUCUUCUCGGCGUCGGUGACCGACACCCUGAGAACGUGAUGGUUUGUGGUCGGAGCGGGCGCCUGUGUGACGUGGACUGGGGGCGGGGCCGCAGCGUCCUUCGCGAGCCGCCGCCCGCCAGACUCACGCGCACUCUUGUCACUCCAGAGACUGAGAGUGAAGUUCUGCGCUGGAGCAAACUGUGCCGCAGUCGCGCCGCGAUGCUCUCCGCUGCCGCGCUGUUGUGCCGCACUCAGGCUGAACCAGAUACGAUGCAUGACAGGCUAUCUGCACUGGAGCGUCAGCUGCACGGUGAGGUCGUGUGCCACCAACUGACUCGCACGCAACUACGCCGUGACACGCACGCGCCCGCACUAGCGCACGCACAAGUGCGGGUCCUCGAUCAGCUGUUCGAAAAUUUUCCAAACAAGGAUCUUUACAGUGUCGAAGAGCAGGUGUACAGCUUCCUGCGCUCCAGUACGGACCCGCAGCUUCUAGCCCUCACUCGCGCCGCUUGGCAACCCUGGAUUUGAAAUUGAUCAUAACUUGUAACCCCUCGCAGGGCUGUGCCUUUUAAUAAUAAAUCAAUAAAUGUGUUAUAAUAAUA